AUGAAUGGGUGCAAAUGGAACUCGACGACGGCUUUCCUCUCGUCGACAUCGUCGUACAUCGAGACACAAUGGCAGUCUAUGUUUGAGGGCCGCAACGAGGCCCUGGUCACCUUGGCCCUCCUCUUCGUGUCCCACGAGAUCAUCUACUUUGCCCGGUGCAUCCCUUACCUCAUUGCCGACCAAAUCCCUUCACUGCAAAAGUACAAGAUCCAACAAAAGACUAUCCAGAACACCGCUCAGAACCAGUGGAAGGUCUUCCGUUAUGUCUUGCUCUCCCACUUUUUCUUUGAGUUGCCUAUGAUUGUUGGAUUCCACCCUGUUGCUGUUUACUUUGGCAUGGCUAUCUCAUCCGUUCCCUUCCCUCCUCUGUCCAAGAUGGCGUUCCAGAUCCUCUUGUUCUUCGUCUUUGAGGACUUUUUCCAUUACUGGGCCCACCGCGGUCUUCACUACGGCCCCUUCUACAAGCACAUCCACAAGCUCCACCACGAAUGGUCCGCGCCCUUCGGCCUCGCUGCAGAAUACGCCCACCCCAUCGAAGUCAUGAUCCUCGGCACCGGAACCAUUGCUGGCCCUCUCAUGUGGUGCUACGCCACCGGCGACCUCCACCUCAUCACCACACUCACCUGGAUGACUCUCCGUUUGUUCCAGGCUGUUGAGGCUCACUCCGGAUACGACUUCCCUUGGUCGACUCAUAACUGGCUCCCUGGUUGGUCGGGCUCUGAGCACCACGAUUACCAUCAUAUGGCCUUCACCAACAACUUCUCGACCUCUUUCCGGUGGUGGGAUCAUAUCUUUGGAACCAACAAGAAGUACAUUGCAUACAAGGAGCGUAAGGCUGCCGAGGCUAAGGCCAAGAAGGCCCUGUAA